UUUUUAAUGCGUUGUAUUUCAGUGUGUCGUAACUAGGGGACACCAGCCACUUUUUGGUAACAAGUAGGCCUACGUUAUAUCUGCGAAUCUGUACUGAAUCGGAGUACGCUUUCACCAGUAGCAGAUAUAAAAUAUAAUGCCAGUCGUACCAGGAGCUGUCUUCAGUCCACACUCACAGCCUAGCAAACCAUUUUGUUGUCUACAGAAUCACAACUUUCAUUUGCAAGGGAAGAUUCUGAAAAAAAAAAAAGCAUUGUGAUGUCAUCUGAGUACCCACUAGAAAUCUUUGAUAUUGAUGAAGAACUCAAUGUGAGGCUCCUGCACGACUUCACUGGUGAGAGAACAGGAUUUGUACAGGUUGGACCUGAUAAGUGGUUUCUCCCAAGGAAGUACAAAGAUCAGGCAGCCAAUUUUUACAACCUACAGGUUAGACCCGAUGAUACGUGGGUAGUCACCUACCCAAGAUCAGGAACAACAUGGACCCAGGAAAUGGUUUGGCUGAUUGCCAACAACCUGGAUUACGAGACAGCAAGACGCAUUCCUCAGACUGAGAGGUUUCCUUUUUUUGAGUUCAGUUUAUUUGUUCACGAUGAAAUUAAGUCCGAGCUUCUCAAACUGAAUGCUGGUAAUCCUGAGAAACUAAAACUCGUGGAGCAGAUAAGUCGACCUGGCUAUGAAGUGUUGAAUGAAAUGAAAUCUCCACGCUUCAUCAAGACACACUUACCCUUCAGUUUGCUUCCGCCCAACUUACUGGAUGUUGGUUGCAAGGUUGUGUAUGUGGCUCGAAAUCCAAAGGACGUUGCUGUGUCAUUCUACCACCUAAACAGACUGAUUCGUACUCAGGGCUACCUUGGAGACUUUCCCCGCUACUGGGAUUAUUUUGAAAACAACUUGCAUCCAUGGGCACCCUACUGGUCACAUGUCACUGAAGGAUGGGAUCAUAGACACAAUCCCAGUGUGCUAUUUCUGUUCUAUGAAGAGAUGAACAAGAAUCUACCAGCAACCAUCAAUAAAGUGGCCAAAUUCUUGGAACGUGGCCCAUUAAAUGAUGAACAAGUAUCAUCUCUGGUAAACUACCUGAAUAUAAAAAAUUUCCGCAACAAUCCAGCUGUUAACUUUGACUUACACAGACAAAUUGGACUGCUGAAUGAGGGUGAGGAAGAAUUCAUCAGGAAAGGUAAAAAUGGAAGCUGGAAGGACGAAUUUACUCCAGAGCUCAGCAGACGUGCAGAUCAAUGGAUCCAGAGAAAUUUGGAGCAUACAGACCUACGAUUCCCAUAGCACAACAAGGAAGGAAUUGGCUCUGGCAUUUUUUGUAAUGUCUAUCAUAAUAUAUCAGGUACCAAUCUGAGUUCUGAAAACAAGCUUUUUUAUUUCAGAGAACACUAGUUACAAUAAAGACUGUUUCCUUUGUGUGAGCACAAAAAUGGACCUUCGGGAUUCAAAAAGUCAGCAACUAUUAAUUUUUCAAAAAGUAUUCUACUCUCCCGUGUAGUUAUAAACAAAUUUAAAUAAAAUAAGGGAUCAACAUUUAUUGCACUUAAAUAAAUGAUUUACUGUACUGAAUUUGUACAUGUGACAUGUGUUGAGCUAGAAGGUGAAAUAAUGUAAUAUAUUUUUGAAAUUGGUGUAUUUAUUUCUGCAAAAACACACGAUUCCUUUUUACCUUAAAAUGUUUCACAUCUGUAAAUAGACAAGAAUAAUCUAUUAAUUAAUAAUUUUAUUUAACUUGGUAGUCCAUUAGAGAAUAUCCAUGAUUUCUGAAAGUCACCAGACAUAACCUCAAAUGUCUGUAAUGUUGUCAUGCUUGUAAUUUGCAGUGUAACAAUAAAUUCUUCUUAUAAAUCUA